AGAAAAAAAAGGAUGAAAGAACGACCAGACAGAGUUUAAAAGGCAGCCCUAAUUUCUCCCCUUCCCUCCCCACUCCCCCAACACAUUUACACGACAAAAACUUUCUGUUCUUCCACUUUUCGUUAUCCUCUCUCUCUCUCACAUUAUCGGCGCGAAAACUACCUCCGAAUUUCAAAGGACGCUUCCUGUUCGUUCCCAGGUACCAGUUGAAUCUUGUGUCGAGACUCUAUUGCCUCUUUCCCACGAAUCCCCACAUCGUCUUCACGGCUUCACCUGGCAGAGAACUUUUCCGAGGGGAGACAACCUUUUAUUUGUUCCCAUUUUGUUGGGCCUUUCGGGUGGUGGGCGUCGCCGACAGCGUCUUGGUUGGUGGUUCCUGGAGAGUUCCAUCUGCUUGUUUUAUGGUUCAGCGUUUUUUUAGGAGAGGGAGGGUGGAUUUAUUUUAUGUUGGUGCAACGGGGCGGUGUUUGCUGUGGAGGUCUUGAUUAAUUCUAAGCUCGGUGACAGUGAUUCGAUCUACGCGGGCCUUUUCUUCUUUUGCUUUUGGAUAUACCUUGGCAACGCCGUUCUGGUUGAACUUUCCUUCUUCUCGCCCGCGGUCGGAAGGAUGGGUUCAGUUAGUUGGUAUCAUCUUGACAUGGUUGGUAGUAGGAAUAGUUGAUCUCGCUGGCGUUUUGGAGAUUGGCCUUCUGAUACCCGCGUUCGGUGGCGUUAUAUGCUCUCAGGGAUUAGCACUGGAUGUCGGAAACUAGUAUGGCGAUCAUUAAACCAGAGUCUAUGAAGUCAUUUAUCUGGCUGCAAACAGCCGAUGGAUCAAUUCAGCAAGUCGAGGAAGAGGUUGCAAUGUUUUGUCCCAUGAUAUGUCGAGAAAUAGUUCAAACAGGUAUGGGCUCGAGCAAAAACUUCGCAAUUACACUCCCUCCUCGGGUCAAUCCUGCCAUCCUCAGCUUGAUACUUGAUUACUGUCGGUUCCAUCAAGUUCCUGGGCGCUCAAACAAGGAACGGAAAUCAUUUGAUGAAAAAUUCAUCCGCAUGGACACAAAGCGUUUAUGUGAGCUGACAUCUGCAGCUGAUAGCCUUCAGUUGAAGCCUUUGGUUGACUUGACUAGCCGUGCACUUGCUCGGAUGAUUGAAGGAAAGACACCCGAGGAGAUAAGAGAGACAUUCCAUUUACCAGAUGAUCUAACAGAGGAAGAAAAGCUGGAGCCUUUGAGAAAUACAGCCGAUGAUCCACGUAUUCGACUAUUAAAUAGGCUGUAUGCGAGAAAGAGAAAGGAACUAAAGGAGAGAGAAAAGUUGAAGAGUGUUGAAGUUGAGGAACAUGUUGAUGAACGAUCAUUGGAUGAUCUUCUGUCUUUUAUUAAUGGAGGAGAUGGAGAUUCUAAAGGAGUCCGAGGUGCUAAACAAAAGAAGAAAAAUAGGAGGAAGAAAGAACUGCCAAAAUCUCAUGCUUCCAGCAAUGGAAAGGAGAACCAUAAGGAAAUCAAUUCCCUUUCCACUGAAAGCCAUGACAAUGAUGCAACUGAUGGUCCAUUAUUGCCUACUCACGCUGCUGAUUUUAAUGAUGCUUGUGAUGAUAAAUUCUCACCAAAGCUGGACUUUGAUGACGAUAUUGAUGAUGGGCUGGAUCCUAUAAUGAAGGAAAAACUUGACCGGGAAGUUGAAGAUUUUGCAAGGAGACUUAAUUCAGGUUGGCCUGAAAGGAUGCAAGAAAUUCUUUCAUUAGGUCAAGAGAGACGACAAGUUCCAAUAUCCAUUACUGGCGAUUCUUCCCAGCGAAGAUUUACAGGUCUCAAUCGAACAUAAGCUCCUGUCAUCCCUUUGUGCAGCAUGAAUGACCAUGUUGUGCAUUGUGUGUUGCUUCCAAUCCCCACUUGCGGAUUUUGGUAAAGAUUCCAGUUGCUAUGGAAAGCAGCUGAAAAACCAAAUGUUGAAGGCAAAAGUCCGUGUGGAAGCCCAUUUUGAACUCAGGGCUUCUAGUAGAAAUUGCAGUGUAUUUCCACUGACAUUGAUGGCUGGAGUACCUCUGAAAAAUCUGCCGAGUUUGCUCUCUCGACCGAACUGCUCUCAUGGCCAAAGUUGUGCACCAGUUAGUUGUAAAAUAGUUUUAACAGCCGUUACCAACCAUGUGCCUGCUAUGUAUUUUGCUACUGCUUCUGUGCAUCUAUUUUUCGUAGGCUGCAGAAAGGAACAUCUCAUGUGCAUCCUAUGCAUUAUGAUACGAUUCUAAUUUUAUUGAAAGGGCAACUUUACACAAAAGUUGCGUCAUGUGCAGAG